CCUUCUCUCUCUCCCCCCAUCACCAUCCAGCUGUGAAAGCUUCGUGGAUGGACGGAACCGAGCAGUGCAGUCUGGAGCAGACCUGAGCGAGAGCAGAAACCACCGGUCAUUCUUGUGCGCAACAGCAGAGGAGGAGGGGGGCACGGAGUGUUCCAGGCUUACAGUGCGCAACGAGGAUGCGCAGCAGCAUCUCCAUGGAUCUUUAAGAAGAUAUAACUGAUAAAGAAUCAGUGCGCUGGAAACUGUAUUGGAUGCGACUAAAAGUGUUGGAUUCUCUUGUUGAAUGAGGGAAAACCAGGCUGUGGAUUUAUGUUUUUUCUUUUGGAGGGUUUUCUCAUCUGCUUUAAGAAGAAGUAAGUUUGCGCGCAGCGUCAAUGUUUUAACGAAGGCUUAAUGGUUUUUUUAAAUCCGCAUGAGAUGGCCAUGAGUUGCCGGUGAGGCCCCCUGGAGAGGCAUCUUCUCGGAGCGCCGGGGGGGACCGGGGCCUGAGCGCACAGCGUCUGCAUCAGCGCAGCGCACCACCUGGAAACUAUAUACGCUCCGCUUGACGCACAAAACCCACAAGAAGGGAGAGGGUGUCCACUUUUUUAAACCAUUCAACACGCUGCUCUCAUCUCUUUUUUUUUCUUAAAUCUUUUUUAUCGUCUUGCAAAUGGAGUUUUUUUCCCCCCCAGGCUGGUGCGGACUUUACUGCUCGAAAAGAAACUGAUCAUGUGAUGACUGAGCGCGCUUUUGGCACAUCUACAGAGUCCCUUACAGGAGUUGAGUGAUGGCUGAGGAUGGGGGAAAUCUCUCCUCGCUCCCUAAAGUCAGGGGUUCGGAAAGUCGCUCCUCUCUUCCGAGGAAUUUCAUCCCACUUAACGACCUGUCCGGGAUGACUGCAGAAGGUGGGGAGGGUAUUAGCGGAAGCAGCGAGCUGGUGAUAGAGCGAGCAUCCCCAGCCCCUGAUGGGAUCUCUGUGGCCGGGGACGAGGGUUCCACGCAGGGUGGAGGGAAGAGUCAGCCCUACCCUGAGUAUGCACCUGUGGUCUUCUUCUACAUGAAACAAACCACACCUCCCCGAAGUUGGUGUAUCAAAAUGGUCCGCAACCCAUGGUUCGAGCGAGUGUCCAUGUUGGUGAUCCUGCUGAACUGUGUGACCCUGGGCAUGUAUCAUCCCUGCGAAGAUGAAUGUGAGUCGGAUCGGUGUAAAAUUCUACAGCACUUCGAUGACUUCAUCUUUGCCUUCUUCGCUAUUGAGAUGGUGAUCAAGAUGGUAGCCCUGGGGAUUUUUGGCAAGAAAUGUUACCUUGGAGACACUUGGAACCGCUUGGACUUCUUCAUAGUAUUGGCUGGGAUGUUGGAGUACUCACUAAACCUGCAAAACGUUAGCUUUUCAGCAGUGAGAACAGUUCGCGUGCUGAGACCGCUGAGAGCCAUCAAUCGGGUGCCAAGCAUGCGCAUCCUGGUGACCCUACUGCUGGACACACUGCCCAUGCUGGGUAAUGUGCUUUUACUUUGCUUCUUUGUCUUCUUCAUCUUUGGUAUCGUUGGUGUCCAGCUGUGGAAAGGCCUACUCAGAAACCGCUGUUUCAUUGAAGAAAACUUCUCCUUCCCUCUGUCCCUGAACCUUGGAAAUUAUUACCAAACAGAGAAUGAUGAUGAGAACCCCUUUAUCUGCUCUAUGGAGGGACACAACGGCAUGAGGGAGUGCGACUCAGUUCCCAAGCUGUACGAGGCAGGCCAGCAGUGCACGCUAAAUAUUGACUCCUACAACAGCACAGAUAACACCACCUGUGUGAACUGGAACCAGUACUACACCAAUUGCUCUGCUGGCGACAUAAACCCCUUUAAAAAUGCUAUCAAUUUUGACAACAUCUUCUAUGCGUGGAUAGCCAUCUUUCAGGUGAUCACUUUGGAGGGUUGGGUGGACAUCAUGUACUUUGUCAUGGAUGCCCACUCUUUCUACAACUUCAUCUACUUUAUCCUACUUAUUAUUAUCGGCUCGUUUUUCAUGAUCAACCUGUGCCUAGUGGUUAUCGCAACUCAGUUCUCAGAAACCAAGCAGAGGGAGAGCCAGCUGAUGAAAGAGCAACGUGUGCGUCACAUGUCUAAUGCCAGCACUUUGGCUUCUCAGUCUGAGCCAGGCUCCUGCUAUGAUGAGCUACUGAAGUACCUGGUUCACGUCAUCCAAAAGGGGGCCAGGCAAGUGGCUGGUGUUUGUAGGGUCUUGGCCCGCCAUGCAGGAUUUAAGAUUCCCGCAUCACAACCAUCUUCAGAGGCACAGCAUAACAAGAGUCUGAGAAGGAGAAGAAAAUCAUCCAGACAAGGAUCAGUGUUGGUUCACCAUCAUCAUCAUCACCACCACAAUCACUACCAUCUAGGUAAUGGUAGCAUCUGGGAGGAAGGGAGCAUGAGAUGUAUGGAGGGAAGGGACAUUGAAGCUGGGCCUCCCAAAGCAACCACAAACAUUAUUCCACUGGGUGUGGUAGCACCAUCAUCUGUGAUAUCCACAACCUCUGACUCAAAUCUCACUGUGUUGGGAGCUGCUGAUUCAUCCUCAGGCUGCUGUGUGCUCAACACAGAGGCCUCUCCCUGCACUUUGUUUUCCACCAACAAUCCAGUAGCCUCCCUGGCUCCAACCGCAUCAUCCAGAGCCAUGAAGAGGAACUCUGUACCAUUUGCUGCUCCUGGGCCUAAGAACUACCCAACCCUACAGACCAGGAUCCAGGCAGAGUCCAGGCGAGGGAGUGUUGCUGCCAGCAUUCGAUCAAAUCUGAGUUGUAACCUGAAUAUCUAUCCCAUACAUCUGGACAGACAGCAAUCAUGCAAUCCAUCAGCUCAGAUCUCCCGCCAGCUGUCAGCUCAUGAGCUCAUCACCAUGGACGCAGCUCGUCUGACCAUGGACCCCGAGACCUGUCCUGAUUGCGCAAAGGCACUGGCCAAUGAGUCUGAGGGCUUUACAGAGGGCAACGAGACACAAGGCGACUCAGACAGUGAUGGGGUACAUGAGUACGAGGACCUCCGCCACAGGAACAGGAGAGACAGUCGGCAGCCCAGAAAGAAAAGGCGGAGGUUGGGGAAGACAGCAGCAAAGGUCGUCCACUUUUGGAGGCUGGCGUGUGCCACCUUUAAGAAGAUUGUGGAUAGUGAUUACUUUGGUCGAGGGAUUAUGAUUGCCAUUCUUAUAAACACUCUGAGCAUGGGGAUCGAGUACCAUCAGCAGCCGGUGGAGCUGACCAAUGCCCUGGAGAUCAGCAACAUUGUCUUCACCAGCCUGUUCGCCCUGGAAAUGAUUCUCAACAUUUUAGUCUAUGGACCUUUUGGCUACAUCAAAGAUCCUUACAACAUCUUUGAUGGCAUUAUUGUGGUGAUCAGUGUUUGGGAGAUUGUGGCAAGGCAGGAUGGUGGCCUCUCUGUGCUGAGAACGUUCCGACUAAUGCGGGUCUUGAAGUUGGUCCGUUUCAUGCCAGCUCUGCAGAGGCAGCUGGUGGUGCUGAUGAAGACGAUGGACAACGUGGCCACCUUCUGUAUGCUGCUCAUGCUCUUCAUUUUCAUCUUCAGUAUACUGGGGAUGCAUCUGUUUGGCUGUAAGUUUUGCUCUGAGAAAGAUGGAGUCACAAUUCCGGACAGAAAAAAUUUUGACUCCCUCCUUUGGGCCAUAGUGACAGUGUUUCAGAUCCUGACUCAGGAGGACUGGAACAAGGUGCUAUAUAAUGGCAUGGCUGCCACCUCUCCUGUAGCAGCACUUUACUUCAUCGCACUCAUGACUUUUGGAAACUAUGUUCUCUUCAACUUGCUUGUGGCCAUCCUAGUUGAAGGAUUUCAGACUGAGGAAAUUACCAAGCGGGAGGACUUGCAUGCCCAGCUGAGCCUAAUUCAGCUGCCUAUAGACUCAGGGGGGGAUAUUUUGAAAAAUGGUUCAGAGAUUGAUUCUGUUACACGAAGUAAGGAAGAUUUCCCUGGCGGCAAAAAGGAUUUACAACCCUCUUCAGUCCCACUAAAUGGUCAUGUGGAAAUGAGGACAAGUCUGACACCACCAGUCAUCACCCACACUGCUCCGACGCCCAUGCCUGUUCCCAAAUUACCUGUAGCAGGCGACCCUGCCCUGGUCUAUGAAUCCCAUCAUGGCAGCAGUAUCUCCAUAGACCCAGCCAGCUAUGAUAAAUCACCUACCAGUGCCCGCUCCUCUCCCCUUGGUCAGUGGGCCUCUGGCAGCAGCUGGGGCAGCCGCAGGUCCAGCUGGACCAGCCUAAACCGUGCCCCAUCAUACAAGCGGCAGAAGUGCCAGUCCGGGGAGCGGCGAUCUCUCCUGUCCGGAGAGGGCGACUCUAGCUCUGAUGAUGGAGAAGGUGGGGGUGGGGUGUUGGAAGAAGAUGACAAGUCCCUUCCAAGGACAGACUCAAUGUCACAGUCUCAGAGGGCACCACGACACAGGAGGAUGGAGUCUGUUGAAACUCGGAGCUCCAUGGAAUUGCCUCCUGAAAACUCAUUGCAGGUGCCCUACCUGCACCGCACAUCCAGCAUGCAGAGCUCCAGACCCCCUUCCCUGGGCCAUGGCCGAACUGCAGAACACAACGACUGUAAUGGGAAGGGAUCUCCAUCAGCCCUCAGCCAGACUAAUGUCUCUCAAGACGAAAACACUGAAGACGAGAAUGUGGAGGAGGAGGUCAGCCAGGGACGUUUGGCCAGGAUACUUCGAUGGAUGGAGAAAAAGCAGCCAGAAUGGUGUCGUCAGAGAGAUACAUGGUCCCUCUACCUGUUCCCCCCGGAGUCCAGAUGCCGCAGGCAAUGUGAAAAGAUCAUCAACCAUAAAAUGUUUGACCAUGUUGUGCUGGUCAUCAUUUUCCUCAACUGCAUCACCAUCGCCAUGGAGAGGCCUGGCAUCAGUCCUGACAGUGCGGAGCGGAUCUUCCUGAUGUGGUCUGACUACAUCUUUACAGCGAUAUUUGUUGCAGAAAUGACCGUAAAGAUCGUGGCCCUUGGUUGGUUAUUUGGGAACAACGCCUACCUGAGGAGCAGCUGGAACAUUCUGGAUGGGAUCUUGGUGAUGAUUUCUGUUGUUGACAUCCUGGUGACUCUUUUCUAUGGAAAAAAAAUCUUGGGCAUGCUCCGAGUGCUGAGGCUGCUGAGGACGCUCAGGCCACUCCGUGUGAUCAGCAGAGCCCCAGGACUGAAGCUGGUGGUGGAGACCCUGAUGUCAUCGCUUAAGCCAAUCGGCAACAUUGUGGUGAUCUGCUGUGCCUUCUUCAUUAUCUUUGGAAUCCUUGGAGUACAGCUUUUCAAGGGAAAGUUCUUUAUUUGCCAAGGGGAGGAUGUGAGGAACAUUAAAAACAAGACUGCCUGUUUACAAGCCGGGUACGAGUGGUUCCACAUCAAGUACAACUUCGACAACCUGGGGCAGGCUUUGAUGUCUCUUUUUGUACUUGCUUCAAAAGACGGAUGGGUGGAUAUCAUGUAUGAUGGCCUUGAUGCUGUAGAGGAGGACAAACAACCAGAGCUGAACCACAACCCAUGGAUGCUGCUCUACUUCAUCUCUUUCCUCCUGAUUGUGGCCUUUUUCGUGCUCAACAUGUUCGUGGGUGUGGUGGUGGAAAACUUUCACAAAUGUCGGCGUCACCAGGAGGCAGAGGAGAACAAACGCAGGGAGGAGAAGAGACUGAAACGAAUAGAGAAAAAGAGACGGAAUUUAUUGGUUCCUGGUGUGAGUUGGGCCCUUUCUGACGGCACACUGAAAGAAGCUCAGAGUAAGCCUUACUACUCGGAUUACUCCCCCACUCGGCUGCUCAUCCACAAGCUGUGCACCAGCCAUUACCUGGACCUCUUCAUCACCAUUGUCAUAGGCCUGAACGUCAUCACCAUGUCUAUGGAGCACUACGAUCAGCCGAAGAAGCUUACUAAAGCACUGAAGAACUGCAACUACAUCUUCACCGUUAUUUUCGUUCUGGAAUCAGUCUUCAAGCUGGUGGCAUUCGGAUUUCAUCGCUUCUUCAAGGACAAGUGGAACCAGCUGGACCUCAUCAUUGUGCUGCUGUCCAUCAUGGGCAUCACUCUGGAGGAGAUUCAGGGCAACGCCUCAAACGCCUCCAACGCCUCAAUGCCCAUCAACCCCACCAUUAUUCGCAUCAUGAGAGUGCUGAGGAUCACAAGAGUGUUGAAGCUCCUAAAGAUGGCGGUUGGAAUGAGAGCUCUGCUGGACACCGUUAUGCAAGCUUUGCCUCAGGUGGGGAAUCUGGGUCUCCUCUUCAUGCUCCUCUUCUUCAUCUUUGCUGCGUUGGGAGUGCAACUAUUUGGCGACCUGAUCUGUGAUGAGAGCCAUCCAUGUGAGGGUCUGGGUCGCUACGCUAAUUUUAAAAACUUUGGGAUGGCAUUUCUGCUGCUCUUCAGAGUUUCGACUGGCGACAACUGGAACGGCAUUAUGAAGGACACUCUGAGGGACUGUUCACCAAACAAUGGGACGUGUUACUUCAAAGUGGUCUCUCCCAUCUAUUUCGUCUCCUUUGUCUUGACUGCCCAGUUUGUCCUGGUCAAUGUGGUCAUCGCUGUUCUGAUGAAGCACUUAGAGGAGAGCAAUAAAGAAGCCAAAGAGGAGGCAGAGCUGGAGGCUGAGUUGAAUCUGGAGGCACAAAUGGAGGAGGCAAUGGCAUCAAGAUCGCCCCAGCUCAACCCCCUAGCCUCUGGCAUAGACAGAUUGAGCUCGGAGGAUUCCCCGUUCAGGUCAUCUGGAGGAGGAGACAUGGAGCAGGAAAGGCAAAGUCCUAUCAACUCUCCCACUCCUGAUAUAACCAGAAAAUCUGUAGACAGCGAUGCAGAACCUUGCUCAGACUCACAGCUGCAGGUAGAGUUUGUGCAGGGGAGAGCACUUUUUGACUCAAUCUCCCUGGUCAUCCAGGGCUCUAUGGAGGGAGAGCUGAAUUUGAUGGACAACCUGUCCGGCUCGAUCUGCCACUUCUACGCGCUGCCCCCCAGGCCCAACAAGCACAGCAGAGACAAAAAGCCCAAGCUAAGAAAGGACAAAGUGGGGCGCACUAAUUCUCUGCCCAACAGCCACAUGUUCUACCCCCCACACCCCUUUGGCCCCUCCUCUCCAACUUCAGCACAGCGUGUAGCACAGUCAAGAGAGCCCCAGCACUUAGCGGGUAGUCACAGGGCCAAAUCAGGCUCCAGAGACUCGGUGCGUUCACAGCCGGAGAAGUUUUCCCAGCAGCUGACCAUCUCCCACAGCCACUCAGACUCUGAAAGCAUUCCACAACAACCUCCAACAGGACGCACACUCUGUCGACAGUCUGCAGUGUCCACUGAUUCUCAGGAGGCCCUUUGUUCCAUUGAACAAGAGAGUAGUGAAGGACUUACGAAUGUUGCAGCUUCGGCCCUACCUUCAUGCACCUCCUCCACCUCUCGCUCCUUCUCUUUCUCGCAUCAUCGCCAGCCUCAUCUGCAUCCAGCGCUCUGCCCUGUACCUGCCCUAAUGGGUACCCCCUCUAAACCUUUGCCUCACCGCAGCGUGCACACUCAGCAACAUGACCAGCACUGCCUGGCCUUCCACUCCACAUCUGCAUCUUCUUCCUCAUCCCCCCAUGUGCCUCCUCCCCCCUUACCUAUCAGGCCACCGCAGCAGCAGCAACAAGAGCAGGUGGAGGCAGCUUUGGAGGAUCAAGAAGUUUCCUUCAUCACCUGUGGAGGACUUAUGAAAAAUGAAAGCACAGCCGUGAAGGAUGUGGGCGGCGAGGAAAGUGGGAGACCAUGUUUGAGGCAGCUGAAGAGGUUCCACAGUGUUGACACACAGGGCCGUAGCACCCUCCUGCCCCGCCCACGCCCUCACUCCUGGCUGGACGAUCCACGGCGCCACUCUUUAGAAGUAUGCUCAGUGGGGGACCCCUACCCACAGCGCACUGCAACCUCCACUUCUUCUGGCUCCAUAUCCCAGUCUGACAACCUGCUGAUUCCCGCCAAGGCCCCCCUGCCUUCCCCCCGACACAAGAAGAAAAUGAGCCCACCCUGCAUAUCUAUUGACCCACCUGAUGAACUUGAAACCCAGUCUGGCCUGUACCCAAGCCUCGGUGGCAUGGCACUGGGGGGAUUAGGAAUGCCCCCUCCUUUGCCCAGCAGGGACACAUGUCUGAGAAGAAGAGCACCCUCUAACGAGUCCAAGGACUCGAUCGACCUGGGACUGGGAGAGGUCUCAGUCCAGGAUGGGGGCUCGCCAAAUCCCAAUCCUAGCUCCAAGCUAUUGACUCUUCCCAGUUUCUCCUUGGAGAAAACAAGCUCCGAGCACUGAACAUUAACUCUCCCAUCACACACACACAUACACGGACUUGGACAAACCCUCCACACACGCAAACACAUGAUGCACACUGUGUAUCUGUGAUGGUGAUAGCUCUAGUAAUAAUGCUGUAGAAAGUAAUAAUGGUAAAACUACAACAAACAGUAAAACCAUUCUUCAUGAGGAGCACGGUUAUGUGGUAGUGUGACCAUCCCUCGUUUUUGUAUUGUUACUGCCAAAACAGCUAGGGAAGAAAGGACCACCUGAAACGACAAAUGAGACUGUUUCUCCUCUGCGACGCCCAGUGGCUUGACCCCUAACCUCUGGGAGCAACAUCAGCAUUUGGGAUUUGAUGCCCCUUGUGGCCGCGGACAGAACUGCCUGGUGUUGCACAGGGCGAAACGGGCCAGUGGAGAUACAAAGCAAUAUGAACGUUUUAGAGACACUAUUUUCUUAAAUUAUUGGGCCAUCGCGUUUGUACAGGAUGUUGUUCUUUUUUUUUUUUUUUUUUUUUAGUUUUCACAUCUGAUUUGUUUGUUUUCGUCAACUAUGUUUUGUCUUUUUUUCACUGUAGGAUAUUUCUAGCUUCCUUAGUUUACUAAGGAAAGUGAACGUUUUUCAAAGUGCUGAAAACUAUGUAUUUGUAGGAAUAAUAUAUGAUUAUAUAUAUAAAAAAAAGAAAUCAUUAAACUGAGCUUGGAUUUUUAAGCACUUACAUCA